UCCUUCUUGGCGGUGCUCGGGCUCAGCCGCCGGCAGCCGGGAGCAGCGCGGGCCUCACGCCCUAUGGCCGCCGCGGGGUCUGCGAAGGCGGCGUUGCAGGUGGCGGAAGUGCUGGAGGCCAUCGUGAGCUGCUGCGUGGGGCCCGAGGGGCGGCAGGUUCUGUGUACGAAGCCCACCGGCGAGGUGCUGAUCAGCCGGGAUGGAGGCUGCCUCCUGGAGGCGCUACACGUAGAGCAUCCCAUAGCCAGGAUGGUGGUGGCCUGUGUUUCCAGUCAUCUACGAAAAACAGGAGAUGGUGCUAAAACAUUUAUUAUCUUUCUUUGCCAUUUACUCAGAGGACUUCAUGCAAUCCCAGACAAAGAACAGGAUUCUUUGAUUUCCCCAAAUAUUCAAACCCAUAGAAGACAUUGGAAAAAUUGUUGUCAGUGGAAAUUUAUUUCUCAGGCUCUUCUGAGGUUUCAGACACAAGUAUUAGAUUAUAUUAUGGGCCACUACUUAAGUAAACACUUUUUGUCCGUCUUCUCUUCAUCCACUAAAGAGAGAACAUUGUGUAGAAGCUCUUUAGUGUCGCUCUUAGAAGCCUACUUUUGUGGAAGAGUGGGAAGAAAUCAUCACAGCUUUAUUUCACAAUUGAUGUGUGACUACUUUUUCAAGUGUAUGGCUUGUGAAAGUGGGUGUGAAGAAGUAUUUGAGAUAGUGGAUGACUAUUUUGUAGAGUUGAGCAUCGGUGUCGCUGGGCUUCCUGUCUCAGAUUCCAGGAUCACAGCGGGGCUUGUGCUUCACAGAGACUUUUCUGUAUACUGUCCAGCAGAUGGUGACAUAAGAAUAGUGCUAGUAACAGAAACCAUUCAGCCUUCUUUUUCAACUUCUGGAUCAGAGUUUAUUCUAAAUUCAGAAACACAGUUUCAGACAUCUCAGUGUUGGAUUAUGGAAAGGACAAAAGCAAUCAUGAAACAUUUGCAGUGUCAGAAUGUACAAUUGCUCCUGUCUAGUGUGAAACAGUCAGACUUAGUUCUUUAUUAUGCAGGACUGAAUGGCAUAUCUGUGGUGGAGUGUUUAUCCUCUGAAGAAGUUUCUCUUAUCCAGAGGGCUGUUGGUCUUUCUCCCUUUGUAUUACCGCAUGCCUCUUCACAGUAUGAAAUCUGUAACACUGCUUUGAUGAAAUUUUGUAAGCCCCUUAUCUUUAGAUCCAAAAGGUAUGUUCAUCUUGGCUUUAUUGGCACAUGUUCCUUUAUACCACAUUGUGUAGUUCUUUGUGCACCAGUGCAGGGUCUUGUGGAACAACAUAAAAAUGCUUUACGUGGAGCAUUUAAAAUGCUUCGGCAGUUAUUUAAAGAUCUUGAUCUAAAUUACGAGAUACAAGCCAGUGAUCAAAAUUGUACAUCAAGUCCUCUUACUAAUAGGAAUAGCAGAGAAAGUAAGCCAUUGCCAGAAAAUGGCUCCAUACAAAGCCCAUGUCAGGGCACAGUUGUAAAGAACAAAGGUAAGCUCGCAACAACUGAAGCAUAUUUAAAAGUAUAUUCAAAUUUGGUAGUUCCAAGUAUAGACUUAGAAACAUAUACUCCAUGUUCAACACCAAAAGGGACACCAACAGAUACAUACCAGACAGAUGAAACACGGAGGUGUUUAGUCAAAACAAGGACAAUUGAUGACAGUGAACCAUUUACUGAGGACAAUUCUGCUAAUUCAACAACGGGAAACACUAGAAUAGAAAUUUCUUGUGAAAACUUACAAGUCACAAAAAUUGCUGGAAAGGGAAGCAAGUUACCAGUGAGAGAAAAGUCACUGGAGAUGUGUACAUCGCACAGUCAGUGCUGCUCUUCUAUACCAGCAGGAUGUGUUUUGCCAGUGGGUGGUAAUUUUGAGAUCUUGUUACAUUACUAUCUUCUCAACUACGCCAGAAAAUGUCAGCAAUCAGAAGAAACCAUGGUUAGCAUGGUAAUAGCUAAUGCUCUUUUAGGCAUUCCCCAAAUCCUGUGUAAGUCUCAGAAGGGAAACUACAGCUUUCCACAUAUGUAUGUAAGAGCUCUCCAUGCACUGCAAACCAAUCAACCCAUGGUAAGUAGUCAGACAGGAUUGGAAUCAGUAGCUAGUAAAUACCAAUUACUAACUUCAGUUCUUCAGUGUUUAACAAAAAUUUUAACCAUUGAUUUGGUAAUCAAUAUUAAGAGACAACCUCAGAAGGUUUAUGAUCAAGAUUCAGAUGAGGAAGUAUAAAAUUGGGGGUUUUUUUAUUAAUCAAAAACUUAAUCCAACUCAAGCCAUAAAGUAAAAAAUAUGGCCACUGGAUCUCAAAUCAAUUUGGUCUAGUUAGGAAAACAUCACAACUUAAAAAGGCUUUAGAAGAAGUACACCAAGAGGCCAGCAGACAUUCAGACACAAAUAUUAGACAACAUUCUGGAACUGUUCUGAGGAGGAAGCUAAGAUCUGACUGUGUGUCUGUCUUCCUCCUAAAUGUCCCUGUGUCUCAGCUCUCUCUAUUAGUCCUUGUAUAUGUGAGAAGAUGUUUCUUUAUAGGUCCUUUUUACUUUCCUGUACCUUUUUUUCACUCUCUUCAUCUGACCUCUUGCCUUUCUGUAUUUAUUUAGUUCAUCGAAUUCUUUAAUCUGAGAUUUGGAUGGGAUCUUCAAAUGUCAUGCCAUUUUAAUUGUUUAUAAUAUUAAACAUCAUUUGCUUCAUUUAAGAUAAUUUAUUUUCAGGAUGCUUGGGUGGCUCA